AUAUCUUUUUCAGAGAAACGGAUGCAGGGUAAUCGACGCGCCGGCGGCUGAUUGAAUGAAAUGGCUCUACCCGUCUGGUUCAAUCUGCGGCGAGCCGCCUCUCCUUUGUCUGGCCGUUUGCCGGUAGUUCUCCGAAAUUUCCGAUCAGACGCCGCUCUGGAAGCAUUACUCAAGGCGUCGGAGAACAAAACGCCGAACCUGGUGCUAUACAAGUACCCCUCAUUCUCCGGAGCUUACGCAGCACUCUUCGCCCACCUUUACCACUCCCAGCUAAACAUACCUUGCGUCAUAUUGCCGUUCUCUGCUGUUGUACCCCUCAGGGUUGAGGACUUAUGCAUCGAAGGUCUGGAGACUUGUUACUUUCUAGAUUUCUUAGGUUUGGGAAGUUUGGCUUCAGAGCUUACUAGAAGGACAUCAUCCAAGAUCAUUGGAUUUGAUCACCGAAAAUCUACACUUUCUCGAAUUUCCACAAGGGGAGAUUGUGAUGCUAACAUUACGUUGAAUGCGAACACUGAGAAGAGUAGCUGCAUGGCUGCGUAUGAAUACUUCUCUGCAAAACUUUCAGAGAACAGAUUUGAAAAUGAUAAUAGCAUGAGCCUCCUCGACCACAAAGACCGAGAGCGGGUGGAGACAAUUCUCAAAUACAUUGAUGAUAGAGAUCUUCGAUCGUGGAGUUUACCUGAUGCCAAAGCGUUUAAUAUUGGAGUAAGAGAGUGGCACUCGAAGGUGAACUGCCUCACUAAUUCGUUCAUGUAUGACCAGCUGCUGGAGAUUUGCCCUACAGACUUGAUCACAAGGGGAAAUGACUAUCUUUCUCGUCGAAAAACUGCUGCAAAAAAACUACUGCAUAAGGUUUUUAGAGUCAAGUUGGGCAGAGGAAUUUAUGGGGAGUGUCUGGGGUUUAGAGCUGAUGGACAUUCAGAUUUAAGUGAUGAAAUCGGCAAGGAACUUAGUCAAAUGAGUGCAGCGGCUGGACUAAGGCCUAUCGGAGCUGUUACUUACAUGCAGCGUAAUAAUCUAAAAAUGUGCCUCAGGACUACAGAUUGCAGUACCGAUACAUCUGAGGUUGCUAAGGCAUACGGUGGAGGGGGAUCCCCAAGUUCCAGCUCCUUUAUCAUUCGCAUGGAUGAAUAUAACCAUUGGAUAUCCGGGCGUCAUGACCAUGGUGAUUCCACAUUAUGAACAAGUGUUCACCCGUGCCGUGGCUUUGCCAAUUUCAAGGUGGUCGCGACUGUUUGGAGGCUGAACGAAGAAAUGAAGUUGUGCCUACUCAUCCUAUGCCUUGAUUUCAUCGAGACCGGUCUUGGCUCUUUAGGCUGAUUGUGUCCCAGAUGAACAUGAAAGUUAUUUUGGUGGCUCUUCCUUCUAAGGUGCGCUCCCCUGUAGCCAUUGUCACAGCAAUGCUGUUUCUAUGCUCUGUUAUUUGAUUUUUGUGGUGCAAUGUCCCGGUGAAGAAGGUAGAGUCCUCGUAAAGGUGCAGAUUUUGGAAAUCAGAGGUCUGUGAUCCCAAACAAAGAUACUCAAUAUUGUUGUUGUAAGAAAUCUUACAUAGUAGAUUAAGCCCGGAAUCUUGUACAUUUGUUGUGAGAAUCUUGUCCGGCCUCGUCAUUAGCAGCUGAUAAUUCAAUACUUUAUUGACUGUUACAUAUUAUAUUAUAAAGAUAAGUAUUGAAGGUA